GUUGUAAACGUGUUCUAAUACACGAUCACCCUUCACCAAACUCAAUUUGACUUCCUUUUUCUUCCAAAUUUGACUUCCAAUUUCUCUCCUUUUUCUUCCAUAAUUUGCAUUCGGUCGGAGCCGAGGUUGGGUAAUUAUUAUUUACGAUGUCUUCGAUUGAUCUGGAGUCAAUUUCGGAGGCAACAUCAGGGGCAAUUGGGGCUAUUUUGAGCACCACGAUCUUGUAUCCUCUUGACACAUGCAAAGCCAAGUUUCAGGCUGAAGUUCGCUCCCAUGGUCGCCAGAAGUAUAGGAAACUAUCAGAUGUGUUGUGGGAGGCGGUUUCCACGGGUCAAAUUGUAUCAUUGUAUCAAGGCCUUGGAACCAAGAACCUGCAAUCGUUUAUUGCACAAUUUGUAUACUUCUACGGAUACAGCUACUUUAAAAGGUUGUACCAGAUAAAAUACAAUACAAAGUCGAUUGGAACUAAAGCCAACUUGCUUCUUGCUGCUUCUGCUGGGGCCUGUACUGCCAUCAUAACUCAGCCUCUUGAUACAGCAUCAUCACGAAUGCAAACAAGUGCGUUUGGGAGAUCAAAAGGGCUUCGGGCAAUGCUUACAGAAGGGAGUUGGAGUGAAGUCUUUGACGGGCUUGGCAUAUCUUUACUUUUAACAUCCAACCCUGCAAUACAGUACACGGUGUUUGAUCAGCUGAAACAAAAACUCUUAGAUCGGAAACUAAAAAAGAUAGGAAACGGGUCUUCACCCGAAUCCCUUUCUGCCUUCUCUGCCUUUUUGCUCGGUGCAAUCUCCAAAAGUAUCGCAACCGUUCUUACAUAUCCCGCCAUCAGGUGCAAGGUCAUGAUCCAAGCUGCAGACUCGAGUGACGACGAAAUCAAGGGAAAUAAAAAGAAACCGCGCAAAACAAUAUCGAGUGUUCUCGCUGCUAUCUGGAAACAAGAAGGAAUAUUCGGGUUUUUUAAGGGAUUGCAGGCUCAGAUAUUGAAGACGGUUUUAAGUUCGGCUUUGCUUCUGAUGAUAAAAGAAAAAAUAACAGCUACAACAUGGGUACUCGUACUUGCGGUUAGAAGUUAUGUUGUGGGUACACAAGGAAGGUUAAAGGGAUCAGUAAAGAGGUAAGGAUAGUUGACUUUGAUUAGUCAAACUGAGUCAGUUCAACUCAGUAGACUUUGAAGUUGAACACAAACUAUAUUACUAAUUUUGUUGUUCUUUUAAGAAAACUAGAGGGGUGUGUACGUUUUUUUCGUUUUGUUUAUAAAAACACUUGGAAAAACAUUAAAUUUUGCAAGUGAAUAAAAAGUACAAGGAAAGAAUGAUGACUUA